AGCGCCACUGCAGCGGUUCUGACGACAUUACUUUGCGACGCCAGUUCAGUCCUCCUCAUCACCCUGAGUUGAAAAUGGCGUCCUCGUUUUGGAAAGGGAUUGUCGGCGUUGGACUUUUUGCCUUAGCUCAUGCAGCUUUCUCAGCAGCACAGCACCGAUCAUACAUGCGCCUCACAGAGAAGGAGAAUGAAAUGUUACCAAUAGAUAUUGUUCUUCAGACGUUAUUGUCGUUUGUCAUGACCUGUUAUGGUAUUGUCCAUAUUGCUGGCGAGUUCAGAGAAAUGGACGCCUCUUCAGAGUUGAAAAAUAGAACAUUUGACACGCUCCGGAACCACCCGUCCUUCUACCUUUUCAACCACCGGGGGAGAGUACUGUUCCGCACCCCUGAGCAGGAGGCUUCUUCCGCCCGCAACCAACAGGCUCUUCCGAACCCACUACGACUACGCAAGCUGGAAAAUUUUCAAUGACACUGGCCUCAUGUCGUCCUCUUCUGUGCCCAGAUGAGUUUGCUUUUUGUCUAGAUCAAAAGGCAAAGUGAGAAUUAAUACCCCCCCCUCUUUAAUUGGUCUUGUACAUAAACUAAUAUGCUGGCUGUCCAUGCAUCUCUCUGACUUUCUGUCUCUUUCUGUCUCUCUCUCUCCAUGAAACUCAUCAUUACUAUAUUUAACAGAUUGUGCCAACCUUUCCAUUUUGUUGUCAGGCAGAUUUGUUUUGUAGUCAUCAUAACUGCUUUGGAGUCUUAAUAUUUGGAGACGCCUGCCCCUUUCAUUUUUUUCUUGUCCCUUUUGAGCAGAAACCGGGCUAUUGAUCCUGUCCCUUCUGAGCAGAAACCUUAUUGAUAUCCAUUGUUGGAAUGAGGGGCAAGGCAUGUCUCAUGAACCGUUGCCUAUGUCCAAGCCGCCGCAGUUUAUAUUUUUAUUUAUUUAUUGUUAACAGAGUUGUAAGAUCUAACAAUGGACACUUGACUUUUGAGAGAAUACCAUAAUAAUUUCCUGUGGACUGUCUGAGUCUAAUUUGUUAAUUGUGUAUGCACUGAAAGGCUUGGUCCAUGAGGUCUAUCGGUGCCCGAACAAGGCAAGAUAGGGGAAUAUUAAGCUGAGGAAAGUGGUGUCACAGUUGCUGAAAUGAGUGUGUGAACCCCGAUUAGAAAAAGUAAUAAUUUGUUCGUAAGGGUUUCCCUUCAUAUUUGUUAAGAUUUAAGACUUUUUAAUUUAAUAAAAGCAGACUGAUUUUAAAAAUGUCAGUAUUUUCCUUGA